AUGAGUCCUCCUCUCACCGCUACAAGCACGCUACAAUACCCAUCGCCUAUUACGCCUUCUACUUUCAACGCUGCUACUACUACACCAUCAGAUAACAGCAACGUCGACAAUUUAAGGCUACCACAACAAAGCAGCAAUGACAACCAUCACAUGCAGCAGCAGCAACAACAACAACGAGGACGCUCACGUUCACGAGGAUUAUCAUUGAGCAUUACUACAGGAGCCAACACAGGACAAAGUAAUAGAACAAGCAGCAGCAGCAAUAGCAGCAGCAAUAGCUCUUUACCUUGUCCACCCAUGAUUGCCCAACCAAGCACUGUCAGCAUACAUUUCGAUUGUACUCAACAACUCGUGCUACGCCCUGGACGCAUUGUGCGUGGCACGGUUAUUUUGCAUGCAACACGACCCAUUCAGGCGACACAAAUUCGUAUCAAGCUUCGGGCGGAAGAGGUGGUUGCAAUUAGAGUUAAAGAUAAGCCCCAUUGUUGUCUUCACAAGGUGACAGUGGUUCAUUUUGAAGUGGAUACCAAAGUGUGGGGCCAUGAAACAAGCGCAUUUGUGCUAAAUACCUGGCAAACACUGGAACCGGGAACACACAAAUUUCCCUUUGCAUUAAAGUUUUGCAACGUGAAUUUUCCACCCAGUGUCAAUGAGCCUGCUGGAUGCUCGAUGCAAUACUUGUGGACAGCUCAUGUGGAUGGUGCAGCAUUCCAACCCAGCAUACGAAGCAAACAAUACAGCACACCUUUUCGACCCAUCAUCUGUGCGCCCCUGCCAGUACCUUGUGCGUUAGAAGAUUGGUUGUACAAAUUCCAUAAUUGUACACCUUAUGCGCAUGCCAAAGUGUUACUUUCCCAACAAGUCUUUUGCCCAGAUGAUUGGGUUGAUAUCCAAUUGGAGAUUCGAUGUUUACCUUCCAAUAUGAUUAUUAGUGAUCUUGGCUACACGCUUAAAAAACACCAUGACGCCAAGUUGCGUUUGCAACAAGGUACAGCUUAUCGUAAAGAUGAAAGCGUCAUUAUCUCUGAAACGCAUACGGGAGUCCCCGGCAAUGAUGGCGAAGCUCGGAUCCCUUUGCAUUUCCGAUUACCAACACGUGGCGUAUCACCUUCGUUCACAUCACGGCAUUUACGCGUCUACUAUAGCCUGGUGCUGCAUAUUGAAUGUCGUCAACUACAAGGUAGCACAGGGAGAUUACUUAAAAAGAACAACAUACACAAAGCCGACUUGGUGGUGCCCAUUGCAAUUGCAAAUUUGCAGCAUGAUCAAAUGCUUCAAGUAUCCAACUUGACAGCCAUUCAACCCUAUCAGACCUCAGAUGACGUACCCAUGUUUUUUGAUCCUUCUUUGGAUGAGCCACCUUCCACACCUUUGCUUACUGCCAAUGGCACAGGUGCUUCUAAUCUACUACAACAAAACUACACGCCUCCUCUCCAAUCACCACCCAAUUACUUUAGUCUACACACAUUACCACCUCAGCUUCGAAAACAAAAACGAGUCGAGCGCACCACGCAUACAUCCCAUUUCUUGGCCGAUAGCAGCGAUACGGUCGAUGUUGUCGAUGUUUUGGAUGAUGAAUGGUGA